AUGACCCCCCGACAAACCCUAGACAACAUUUUCCCUCCACCGAUGGCUCCGAGCGACAGCACCUUAAGGACUCAGAUGUCUCGGUCGCGGUCCCUGAAGUCACGUCAAAGUUCUCUCGCCUCUCUCGCCUCUUCGGUCUAUCCCAGCCGUACGAAUACACCAAGCAGCGAGGGCCAAGGUCCGGCUCGGUCCAUGACUCCCAGCAGUGUCAGCGCGAUCUCUACCAUUGGGUCAGAUCUUAUUGGAUCGCGCUCUUCGUCUUUCUCUUCGUCCACUAUUGAAGGACAUCCCAGUCCGGCUCUAUCCACGACUCCUACCCUUAGUGUGGCCUCCACCGUCUCUGAUCUUGCUACGAUUCGCGGAUCGCCUUCUAUGGGCAGCAUCUCUUCUGCUUCGUUCGCUGUCGAACCAGCUCCGUAUAACCUUGGUUCCUCGGGUGACAAGCUUGACGCAUCCACAAUAUGGAUGCUCCAAAACCCCGACCCGACGAUUGGACCUGCCGAUGAGUCGCCACGCUACACUACACUCAAUGCGCUCGAGCUGGACAUAAUCAAGUUCACGCCCCGAUAUUACGACCUCCUCAGCCAGUACAUCACCGACGAACCGACGGGCUGGUCAUGUCCCGCCCAAGCCGACCAACCCGGGCCUCUCCCAUACUUUGAUUUUAGGACCGCGACGUUCGAGGAUACAUUGGAAGAGAAGAACUUGUUCGCGGAAUUUUUGUUGGGGCACCUCUUUCCUGAAGACUUGGGAGUAUACUCGUUCCCGAUGUUCGAGGAAGUGUGGCCGAUCACCAGGGUCAUCUACAACUUAAAUUUCGAGAACAGGAAAAUUGGUUUCAAAUGGUGGUUGUUCGAUAAUGAGGAAACAUACGCUGCCAGGGGGGAGAUCUUAGAUGCCGAUGAUAGAGUGGAGGGCGGCGUGGUUCAGUUUCGGAAGUGGAUAGGGACGAUGUUGUUUUUGCACGGUGAGGACCUCGGGCGGGCCCACCGCUUUUGCUGA